AUGACUUGGGGCAAACACGGUGCCAAAGGUGCAGCAACACCUUACAUCGUCUGUCCUCACUGCUCUAGGGUGGGUAAACAGAGCUGGAUUUUCGUGGACAGAGUCCAGCAUCACCCCUUUUGCAACCUGUGUGGCAACGCGUGGAAGACACAAGGUGCUCCGGUCACUCACAGACUGCGCCCACGUGGUCCCAAGAAGAACAGGGACAGAGACGCAACCACUGAGAGUGCCACUCCGAGCCCCCAAAGGCCUAGGAAUCCUGAGGGCAACCUGUCCAGAGCCGUCACGACUCUCUGGCAGAAGUUUUCCCCAGAAGUCCAGAGAGAAUUGAGCGAGGCAGGUUUCCAUGCUGGCCCGAAGCCGAGUCCGCCACCAGGCCUCCAGUCCGGCAAAGGCAAGGGGGCAAAGGGUGGGCUUGACGAACAGGCAGAAGCAUCAAAGAGUCUAUGGGACUCUGCGUCUGAUGAGCAGAAGAAGCUGAUGCGCCAAGCUGGCAUCCCUGAGCCCGUGGUGUCAGAGCCAACAGAUCUUGCGGCCCUUUGCAAGAAGCAUUUGGAGUCUCUGCCGCCUUCGAUCCAGCAAGCUCUUGCGGCGCUAGAUCCGCCGGCCCCCACGCAGUCUCAGCAAAUUGAGAGUGCAACACGUCGCUUCAAACAGAGCACUACGGAAUUGCGACAGAUGAUCCAGCAAACCGCCGCAUUACAGAUUCACAUAGACCGAGCCAAAGCAAGCUACCAGGAGUUGCUUGAAAAGAUGAAGGUUUGCCAAUCUGAUUUGCAAAGCAAGCAAGCCGAAGUCACGGCUAUGCAGUCUGAGUUAGAAGCCACUAUCCGUGAUGAUGCUUGGGGUCUCGAGGACCCCGCGCGCAAGAAUGAUCCUUUGGAAGGGCUUCUAGAGACGCUUGCCAAAGUUGGGAUUGUCUUGACCCAGGAGCAGAAGGAGCUGUAUGAGGAAGCCCAGCGCGGCAAGCAGAGCGACGGGCAACAGAAUAUGGAAGUCGAAGCCACAGGCCAGCCAACCUUGAGUGCUCCGGUCCAGGCUCCGCCGAGCCAAGGCCUGCCAGAGCACAAGGGCAAUGAGUCGCAUGAGCAAGGCAAGCCCAGGAUGGGAUUCUUUUGGAGAUCUGAGUGGAUGGCAGACUGUAUCACAGGGCCUUAUUUUUGGUCCCCGUCUUUCUCCACAACUGAGUUUGACGAGGUAUCUCCUGAGUUGCCAUCGCCAGCAAGCCAGCUCCAGAGCCAGUGGAGAGUCCUCGAAGGCCAGGUGUGGGCGGCUGUCCAGAACCCUGGUCUGCUGGGAGCAACUUCGGAGUUGGUCGGCAAUCUUCUCGAUCAGGUUGAACAGGGCAGCCUAGGGUGGUGGUUGUGCCAAGAGAUUUCGGCCCUCCAACGAUCGUUCGAUUUGACCUUGCUUUUGCUGGUAGCUCGUGGCUUGGAAGUUUUGCGUAAGUCUCAGCCAAAGGGGCCCAGGCAAAUGCGAGUCACAUCCUGUAACAUUACUUCAUGGAGGCCGGAAGUCAAGCAAUGGUUUUCAGCUCAGGGGGAUGUAAUCUUGAUUCAGGAGCACCACCUUUUGGAAACCCAAGCUGUUGCUGAAAUAGCUUCCAUGGCGGCCAUGGGCUUUGAUUCUUUCCUCUUACCCGCGGCCCCGGGAGAAGGCCGACGGAACAGCUCUCGGGGAGGAGUUGGAGUCUUAGUUCGAGCUCACCUGGGAGCCCGCUUGCGAGCCCAGUACACCAACCAAGGUUGUGGAUACGUGGCGGUGACGCUACGCACACAAGGGGCUGACCUGACAGUAGUCAGCCUGUAUCUCCAGUCUUCCUCCGGUUUUGGAUCCCCGGUCAACUCAGACAUUCUUGCCUCCUUACGCUCAAUGCGACAGUCUGUGAAAGGACCAAUCCUGAUAGGUGGGGACUGGAACUCGCCGUUGAAGGAGAUGUUGGACACUGCAAUUUUUCAAAGCCUGUCCCUUGAACCAAUCGGGGCCAACACUGCCACGUGUGGUGAUAAUGAGCUUGACUUUUUGGCUGUCUCGCAGUGCUUGGAAGGUUUGCUCCGAGUAGAAACCUCCUGGGAUGUCCCUUUCAAGCCUCAUGCAGCCAUACAAAUUGGCCUCAAUGUGGGAGCUUUUCAGCUCACCACUCCACAACUUCCUUCUUUCGUGCUAUCCUUCAGGGAGCAGCCGCAGGAAUACCUUCAGGUUGAGGAGAUCCUCGCCUCCUUGCCAGAUUCCACUUUCUCAGCUGACCCUCUGAGCAAUCGCCUGGCUUCCAUAUCCAGUUCGGUAGAGAGCAGUCUAUUACAAAAGACUCAGGGUAUUGGUCGCCAACUCCAAGUUGAAUUUCUUCCGGCGCUCCUGGGAAGGCUCUCGCCAAGCUUUUUGGCACCGUGUGCAAUUCCUAUGCCAGGGUGA